AGGUGGUCACUCCAAAUAUAUUGCAUUUAUUUCAUAAGUUAAUCCGUAUGUGCAUCCAUAUUUACGUGCAUACACCAUUCCUCUAUGAAUUUUAUUUCAGUGUUCACAGCUGUCAUCGCAAACGCGCGCACUGUUUACAAACAACAAAAAAAUCAAUCUGUUUCUAUUACAUUUUCCGGCCGAGCGAUUCGCUGGCGCUCAUCCGGCAAUUUCAUGGGCCAGCAGCUUCGUCGUAGUAAAUCCGGAUUUUCCAUUGUUUUGUGUUGAAUUUAGUGCGUGUUUGGACUCAGUAAGGCACCAGCAAUCGAGAUGGUGGUAACCCAGGAGGACAAGUCGAUCGAGCUGCUGGACGUGGACCCUCAGGAGACGGAGGACGACGGGGCGGUGGUGGUGCUGGACUCCAAGCGGAAGGGCAAGCGCAUCGUAAUCAAGACUUUGACACGGCAGACGUACUUUUUGCCCGUGUUUGGCCUGGUUGAUCCAGAGAAACUCAAGCCGGGCGAUUUGUAUUCGGACAUUGGCGGGUUGGACAGGCAAAUCCAGAAAUUGAUUGAGGCCGUCGUGCUGCCGACGACGCACAAGGACAAGUUCAAGAACCUGAGAAUUCAUCCACCGAAGUCGACCUACCUGAAGCUGGCCGGCCAUCCCAACCAGCUCGACACCCGUGUCGACACCACAAUCGGACUCCCGGCGCACAUCGACUCCGCCGGCGGCCUAAACCCUCCUCUCGCCUCGAAUCGAACCAUCUUCACCGGCACAUCAUUCUCCUUGGCCACCUCCCCAUCAAUCCGCUCCACCAGUUCAAUCUCCUUGCUCAACCGCGAACCCUCCUCCAGCUCCUCCCCCUUCACCAACCCGGAGCUCCCAAUCACCUUGCCGUCCUCGUCGCCCAACGUGACGCUCUUCCCGCCCACGAUGGUCAACGUUCCGUCGCCCUCCCACGUUUUGUGCUUUUUGGUCGUUAUAUUGCCCCAGCACACUUGCGUCGUCGUUGAAGGAAACAAACAAGUGACAGUUCUGAACUGUCACUAUCCACACUGA